GCCAUGGUUCUUCUGCACGUGAAACGCGGCGACGAGAGCCAGUUCCUGCUGCAGGCGCCCGGGAGCACCGAGCUGGAGGAGCUCACGGUGCAGGUGACCCGGGUCUACAAUGGGCGCCUCAAGGUGCAGCGCCUCUGCUCAGAAAUGGAAGAACUAGCAGAACAUGGCAUAUUUCUCCCACCAAAUAUGCAAGGGCUGACUGAUGAGCAGAUUGAAGAAUUGAAACUAAAGGACGAAUGGGGAGAAAAAUGUGUACCCAGUGGGGGCUCUGUAUUUAAAAAAGAUGAUAUUGGACGACGGAAUGGACAAGCUCCAAAUGAAAAAAUGAAGCAAGUGUUAAAGAAGACAAUAGAAGAAGCCAAAGCAAUAAUAUCUAAGAAACAAGUAGAAGCCAAUGUCUGUGUCACUAUGGAGAUGGUGAAGGAUGCCCUGGAUCAGCUCCGAGGUGCAGUUAUGAUUGUUUAUCCCAUGGGGUUGCCCCCCUAUGAUCCUAUUCGAAUGGAAUUUGAAAACAAAGAAGAUUUGUCAGGAACUCAGGCAGAGCUCAGUGUCAUUAAAGAAUCAGAGGCUCAGUUGUGGUGGGCAGCCAAGGAGCUUAGAAGAACAAAGAAACUUUCAGACUAUGUGGGGAAAAAUGAAAAAACCAAAAUUAUUGCCAAGAUUCAGCAACGGGGACAGGGAGCUCCAGCCCGAGAACCGAUUAUUAGCAGUGAGGAGCAGAAACAGCUGAUGCUGUAUUAUCACCGGAGGCAGGAGGAACUCAAGAAAUUAGAAGAAAAUGAUGACGACUCCUGUUUAAAUUCUCCAUGGGCAGACAACACAGCUUUGAAAAGACAUUUUCAUGGGGUAAAAGACAUAAAGUGGAGACCAAGAUGAAAUCUACUUGCUGAUGAAGCUUCAGAUAUACUAACUCACUUUUCUUUUAGGUAA